CUCCCUCCCUCCCUCCGUCGCGCAUCGUCGGGGCGCUCGGCUGGGUGGGGUCCAUUCGGCUCCACUCGGCUCUGCCGCAGCUGCGCCCGCGCGCCUCGCCUUCGCUGCUCCCGUCAGGUGGGGAUGGCUGCGAGCCCAGAAGCGACGGCGGCUCCCUCGCCCCUUUCGCCCGCCUGACUGGCCCUCUGCAGCCGCAGAAGAAGCGCAAGGCCAGCGAGCCAGCGAGGUGGGGCUGCCAGGCCGGCUGACUCUCCCUAACGCCGACGCCGCCCCGUCGGACGCCUGUCCCCUCGCUCGGCCAUGAGGCUGCGAAGAGCUGCCUUUUCCUCCCCUCCUCCUCCUCCUCCAGCCGGCGAGGUGGCGUGAAUCCCGCCGCUGUCCUGAAUCCGUCGGGGACGGGGCUGACGCUUCUUGGGUCUGCUGGACGCGGGCGCCCUUUGGAGACCGGCAACCAGAGAGGGAGCUGGCCGCCUGACAGACGCCUCCUGGGUUGUUGGCCCAGAAAACUCUGCAUCCACCCAAGGGGAAGAACGGGUUCCUUUUGCCCCCUCCCCUUCUGAAUGACUCUGUAGAUUUCUUUCUUGAUAUAGAUAUAGGUAUAAUUGCAGGGUGUUUGUCUAACUUAAGGGAGGGUGGCGCUUGGCUUCAGCCGGCGGCAGGCCAGGCAGGAUUGGGUGCUGAUUUAAUCUUGGGUGUUUUUUUUGGUGGUCUCCUUUUGCAAAACCACAGCCGGUAAUGUAAGGUCAGGCUGGGAGCCGGUGGAGGUGUCCGCUGAGUCGGCGGCCCGUGGUCUUUUGUGGAGAGUGAGGGGGCCAGCAGGCGCUCCCCAAAGUGGAGGAGGGGGUGGCGCUGGACCAGGCUGCCAAAAUGGCCUGGCCUUGCAUCAGCCGGGCGUGCUGCAUCGCCCGCUUUUGGAACCAGCUGGACAAAGCCGACAUUGCCGUGCCUUUGGUCUUCACCAAAUACUCGGAAGCCACCGAAAUCCCCGGCACGCAGGCGGUUCUGCAGCAGCAGCUACGCCCAUCCUCGGCUAUCGAGACCCAGCCUGCUGCUGCCCUUGGUGGCGGCGACCUGGAUGCAGUCGCCAGGGCGACCUCUGCAGCGGGCGACCAUCCGGCCCAGGGGAGUCAUCACAGACCUGGGCCGAAAGAGCCGCCCUCGGUGGACUCAGUGAUGCGCCAGGACUACAAGGCAUGGAAGGUGCAGAGGCCGGAACCCAGCUGCAAGCCGAAAAAUGAAUACCAGCCUUCGGACACGCCCUUUGCGAAGGAGAGUCAGUACCAGAAGGAUUUCCGUCCCUGGCCCAUCCCCAAGAGAGGGGACCAUCCCUGGAUCCCGAAACCGGUCCCUAUCCCUGUGGUGGGUCUGGAGAGGGGGUCAAAGGAGAGGCCUGGCAGCCUUGAGAGGAGGAGGAAGGCGCAGGGGGGUCAAGAGAAGGAAGAAAGGGGGAAGGCAGAGGAGGUGGCCAACCCAGCCGGGCCAGAAGAAGGAAGGAUGAAGAGGACCAAGAAGAAAGUCCACCUGCCAGAGGGUGAGAGUCAGCAGAGGCCAGCUGGCGGGCAACCUGCAGCACUGGAUGCCAGCAAAGGGCGAGCGGCCGUGGACGCGCUCAACCGACAGAUCAAGGAGGAAGUCACGGCACGGGUGAGCACCUCCUCCUACAGAAAUGAAUAUAAACCAUGGACAGACAUCAAGCCGGUGAAACCCAUCAAAGUCAAGUCCCAGUACAAAUUUCCAGAGGAGAAGAUGAAUCACAAAACAAGCUACAGUACCCAGUUCACCGCAGAGGGGGCAAAGCCUGGUCCUUCAGAUAACAAAUUCCUUGAGCAUAGGAGGAUACGGAGCCUGUAUAGUGAGCCCUACAAGGAAACUGCAAAGGUGGAGAAGCCGAGCCCUCAGCCUUCUAAGCCAAAAAAGACGACCACAAGCCAUAAACCACUCAAAAAGGCCAAAGAUAAGCAGAUGGCGUCCAGCCGGUCGUCUAAGAAAAAGAGCACUGAGGGGCCCAGCGCAGCGAACGCAGAGGAAAAGGAGAAAAGUAAAGAGAUGAACAAUAAAUUGGCAGAGGCAAAAGAGUAAAUUUCACCGCACUUACUUGCUUUCCCUCUCUCUUUUCUCUCCCCUCCCCCUUUUUCCUUUCUUUCUUUUUUUCAGUUUUUUAAAAUA